AUGCCAAAUUUUGCCGGCACGUGGAAAAUGAAAAGCAGCGAGAAUUUCGACGAGUUGCUGAAAGCCCUGGGUGUGAAUGCGAUGCUGAGGCGGGUCGCAGGCGUGGCUGCGUCCAAACCCCACGUUGAGAUAAAACAGAACGACGAGCACUUCUACAUCAAGACCUCCACCUCAGUCCGCACCACGGAGAUCAACUUCCUCAUCGGGGAGGAGUUCGACGAGGAGACGGUGGACGGCAGAAAGUGUAAGAGCCUGGCCGCUUGGGAAACAGAAAACAAGAUUUACUGCAAACAGACUCUGCUGAGCGGGAGCGGUCCCAAGACCUUCUGGAGCCGGGAGCUGAGAGGGGAGGAACUCAUACUGACAAUCGGUGCAGAUGACGUGAUGUGCACAAGGAUCUACGUACGUGCGUAG